GACACAACAAAACAACACAAACACAAACAAACUGUCCAAUUUAUUUUGUAAACGAAUGAAUCAAACACUUGUGCGCAAAAGUAUAGUAAAUUAUCAGUACUUAAUUUCGUUUUGAAGUUCCACAGCGAUGGUUGUGUGAAAGAUAUAGUCAUCAUGCGUUGUUUAAUUUUUUUGUGUGUGUUGUGCAUUUUCUCAGCCUGUAGGUCCGAUAUUAAUGUGAACGAUGAGCAAAGACUAUUAAAUGGUUUUAUUGAGUUUUUAAAUAACUUGUCUAAUCACCAAUACUACUAUGAAGAUGGAAUCCUGCUUAGUGCGCAAGCGACUGAGGGAGACUGCUACAGGAUCCAAGUGAAACUUAAGGAGAAAGAAACCCAAAAAUUCUUCAAGUGCUCAUGCACAGUGAGCCUUCAGGAGAGUGGAGUAACUGUACAAGAUAAUGUGUAUAAUUGCGAGGAUUAUACUUUGGAUUCGGACGCCUCUUUGGCAUCUCAGGUUCCUGGAGCAUCUGAGGCCCCAGUGGAGUCUCAGGUCCCCGAGGCAUCUGAGUCUCCUGUAGUGUCUCACGCCCUGGAGAGUACUUCUGAGACGGACCUGGAAGGAGGAGGACAAGGACCCUCGGAUGAGGCUCCUGUUUUAUCUCGUAAACCAGUAGAACUUGACAAUGAAAUUCGUCCUAAUACAGAGGCCACAUCAGGGGAGCAAUUUGUAGCUAUACCACGUGAGGAGCCCAUCCGUAGGAACAGCGCGGUUUGUAUCGGCUGUGGAUCCCGAGUGGACCCUGAGGCUCCAGGGGUGGCCGAGCUUGCUGCUGUGGGCGUCAAACAGCUGGACAGGCACGACCCUAACAUUAGGCACAGCCUCAAUAAAGUCAUUGAGGUCGAGAGACAAGUUCAGGUCGUAAAUGGAGUAAGGUAUGUACUAACCGUUUCAGUUGAUUAUAACAACUGUACUACUCCAGAAGACGAAUUAUGCUCUUUCACCGUACCUUGCAAAAUUUCGAUCCUUGAAAAACCAUGGAUCAAAUUGCCUAGUGGGGCCAAGUACAGGGCCAUAUUGUCCAAUAACUGCACUGAAACGUGGUUAUUUGGUGAUAAUGGUGAAGUUGUACCAGAGGGGUCUGAUGGUGAUGAUAAAUCCGACGAUACUGUAAAACCUACGCCUGAUUACGAUAAAAUCGCUAAUACUGGAUCAGCCGAUGAUAUUUUAAAGGCCAUAUACAAUAAAGAUCUGCAGUCACAACAAACCCAAAAAGGUCUAUCUGAUCAAGAAAUUAAGGUCAUAGAAGAACAAAUAAUACCUUACGACCAGUUUCAAACUUCAACCGACUCAUUUAUAUCUGCAACAAAAUCUUCCAAUCAUGAAGAUAUCAGUAAACAUAACAUUGAAAUCGAGUCUGCUAAACAUUUCAGUGAAAACUCAAACUCUGCAAACAACGACAGAGCUGUCAAUACUUUGUCCGAAGAGAAAAAGAAAACUAUAGACGAAUUAAUUAAUUUUUUCAAUUUUGCUGGUUAUUCAACUAAAAACAAAAGACAGACCUCGAGGAAUAAAAGGAGUUACGCAAAUGAUAUAGACGUUAUGUCUUUAAUCAAUAAAUAUACUAAAAUUAAAGAAAAUAUAAAAAACGCUAAAUUCCUUUACGGUAUCGCUCAAACCAUGGUGGAUUACUUAAAUGAAAUAUAUCCUUUAAAAGCGCAACGGAUCUUGAAAGAAGUUAUUACUGCCGAGGAGGAAUUUGAAAAUGAUCGUCAUUUUAUCUACUUACAAGCGCGUGUUGUGAUACCACAGAAAGGGAGCAAAGAGAAAUCAAUUAAUAUUUGUAAUAGCGUGAUAGAUGGAACACGUAAAGAUGACCCGGAAGUAUUAAAUGCUUUUUGCUAUAAUGAUGAAAGUGAAAAUUAUAAUAUUCCUAUUCAAAUACCAACUGACGAUGCUCUACUAUAUAAGUUGAUGAAUAAAGCCAUUGAAAAACUGGAGUCUGAAUCGGCGAAUGAGAAUGCAAUCAAAGUGGCAAAAAUUAUUUCAGCAAGUACUCAACGAGGUUCAGGUGUAUUGACAAGGGUAUCAGCAAAAAUUGUAUUUAUGAAUUGUAGUAAAACUACUAUUUUCACAAAGCGAGAAAAUUGCAAAGUCUUAGAUGAACUUGGAUCAAAACUUUGCGAUUUUGAAAUAUUUCAAAGAGAUUUGCUGAAAAAGAGUGAAGUUAUAUAUAAUUGUAUAGACACACCAUUAGACGCAAGUUUUUCAAGUGAAAAACAAAAAUUUACAUCCAUUGAACACAUGAACGAUCCAAAAAUUAUUCAAAUAGCUCAAGAAGCUUUAGCAUAUUUAGAGUCACAAUCGAACAGGGUUAACAGACAAAAAAUUGUCAGCAUCAAAUCAGCGUCGACUCAACUUAUAGCUGGUCUUUUAACAAGUAUAGACUUUUUAGUCGGUUUUACAAAAUGUGAUAAUAAUGUUGAUGUUGAAAUCGAAAAUUGUGAUCUUUUAGCUAACGAAACUUUGCGGUUAUGUACUGUGAAAACCUGGGAAAGACCUUGGUUGGAAGAUGGCAAAGAAAUGAAAGUAAUUUGUCAAGACAAUUAUUCAACCAAUGAUAAAGAAAUGUUUAAUUCUUCCGAAGAAAAAAGAAAAGUACAACAGCAGUUAUUAAAUCCAGAAGACCCACGAUUUGAUAUUGAAUUGGCAAAAGAGUCAUUAGCAAAAUACCUCAAAGAAACAGGAAUCAAAGAAACCUACGAUGUAGUUCGUGUCGAUGUGGCAAGAGUUAAAAUUACUGGUAAAGUGAUAAUUUCAACUUAUCUUGAUUUUACCGUAAUGUCACUGAAUAAUAAAACUAGUUCAUGUCAUUCUGAUGUAUGGGUCAAUUCAGAGCUUAAUGAGAAAAACAUGACAGUAGACUGUAUGUUUAAUGAACGCCAACCAAAGACAUUUGAACAAAUCGAAAAGCGUUUAGAAAAAGAUGCUAACCUUCCACAACACAAAACUAUAGCUGAAGAAUUCAUGCAUCAUAAUUUGGGUGCUGCUGGAAAACAGGAAAAUAGUCACAUCCAAGAUUCAAGAAACCACGGUCAGAAAUCAGUGACAAAACGUCAGCUAGCUGGUGGCAUCAGUGAAAGAGAUCCCAAUGAUCCAGAAUACAAAAAUUUAGCAGAGGAGUCUAUGCAAAAAUACUUGGAGUCAAAUGGAAUGACGCAAGCUCAUAAAGUGAUCAGUGUUGAUAAAGUAACUUAUCAAGUUGUUUCAGGUUCUAAAACCACACUCGAUUUUACAAUAAAACCAUUAAGUGAGGGAGAUGUAAUUAAAUGCCAUUCUGAAGUUUGGGAGCAGCCUUGGCUGAAUAAGAAGGAAAUUACAGUUAAAUGUGAAAUCAAUGAUCAGAAAUCAAGGACAAAACGACAAUUACCGGGUGGUGUUACUGAAAAAGACACCAAUGAUCCUAAGUAUAAGGUUUUAGCAGAGGAGUCUAUGCAAAAAUACUUGAAAUCAAUAGGAGAGACGCAAUCUCAUGAAGUAAUUAGCGUUGAUAAAGUAUUUUAUCAAGUUGUGUCAGGUUCUAAAACCUCAUUAGAUUUUACAAUAAAACCAGCAAGUGACGGAGAUGUAAUAAAAUGCCAUUCUGAAAUUUGGGAGCAGCCUUGGCUGAAUAAGAAGGAAAUUACUGUUAAAUGUGAAAUCAAUGAUCAAAAAUCGAGGACAAAACGACAGUUACCUGGUGGUGCCAGUGAAAGAGACCCUAAUGAUCCGAAGUACAAGGUUCUAGCAGAAGAAUCUAUGCAGAAAUAUUUAGAGACAAAUGGACUGACGCAAGCUCACAGAGUGAUCAGUGUUGAUAAAGUAACGCAUCAAGUUGUAUCAGGUUCCAAAACCACACUAGAUUUCACAAUAAAACCAGCAAGUGAAGGAGAUGUUAUAAAAUGCCAUUCGGAAGUUUUUGAGCAGUUUUGGCUGAGGAAGAAAGAAAUAACAGUCACGUGUGAAAUCAAAGAUCAGAAAUCUAGGUCAAAACGUCAUCUUGCGGGCGGUAUUAGUGAAAGAGACCCUAAUGAUCCAAAGUACAAAAUUUUAGCAGAGGAGUCUAUGAAAAAAUACUUAAAGACAAUAGGUGAAACGCAAGCGCAUAGAGUCAUCAGUGUCGAUAAAGUAACAUAUCAAGUUGUAUCUGGAUCUAAAACCACACUUGAUUUCACAAUAAAACCGACCCCAGACGGAGAUACUAUAAAGUGUAACUCUGUGGUUUGGGAACAAGCAUGGUUAAACAAAAAAGAAAUAACAGUUGACUGUGAAAUUAAUAAUCAAAAAUCGCGGGCUAAACGAAACAUUAUUGGAGGUUCUACUGAAAAAGAUGUAAAUGAUCCUAAAUACAAAGCUUUGGCAGAAGAAUCCACACAGCAAUUUAUGAAAACAAACGGAAUGAUGCAAGCACUCAGAGUAGUUACUGUGGACAAAGUUACAGUGCAGAUUGUCUCAGGGGUUAUUACAAAACUUAAUUUUACUAUAACUUCAGAUGAUGAAGGAAUAAACUCAAGUAUUUUUAAAUGUUACUCGGAAAUUAUGGAAAUACCUUGGCUUCAGAAAAGAGAAAUUAGUGUUUCCUGUUUAGUACCAGAUCGCGUUAAACGAACCACUUUGAAUAUUAAUAAACAUAAAGGUCAUCCUGUAGAACAAGACCCAACUAGCCCAGAAUUCUUAGCACUUGCAAAAGAUUCAUUAGAAAAAUUCAAACACUUAGUCAACAGUAAAAGUGAACAUGUUGUUUUAGAAGUAAAAAAAGUAACUACGCAAGUGGUAGCUGGAAUAAUGUAUAGAAUUAAUUUUGUCGCAAAACGAACAUCAUGUGUUACACAUGAUAUUAAACUUGAGCUGUGUAAUGCAGCUAAUGAAGACAACUAUUUGAUUUGUUUUUCAAAAAUUUGGAACCGGUCUUGGUUAGAACAAAAAAAUAUUGAUGUGUCUUGUUACACUGACAAUCAUAUUGAUGAUGACGAAGCCAGUAAUAAUAACAUUACGACCAAUACAUUUAAACUAGGCGUAAAGGAAAGCCAAGAUGUUAAUAAAAGAAAAUAUAAGCAACUUUCGAAGCUCGCGUUAGAAAAAUACCAAAACAUAUCGAAUUCGAAAUAUGGAUAUAAAGUUGAUAAAAUAAAUAAAGUUACUGAACAGGUCGCUGCGGGUACCACAAUUAAUAUAAAUUUUGAUGCCUCUUCGAAUAGAUGCUUCACUUCGAAGUGUCCAAAAACAAAAGUUAUGUUACAUUGUAAGGCAGAAAUAUGGGAGAGACCGAGAGAAAAUGUCAAGCGAGAUAUCAUGAGUGUCAUUUGUAAACAUAAAACUAAAGCUGGUAUGCAGAGAACAAAGAGACAAAUAGAUGAUGGAGAUAGCAAUGAUUUUGAUGAAGAAAUGAAGUACUACUAUGCUGAUAUUGCUAUUCAACAUAUUAAUGAUAAUUCCCAAACUGACAAUAUGUACAAACUAAUAUCUAUCCAUGACAUACAGUCAACAGUGCAAAUGCGAAAUGUACUGAUACGUAUGUACUUAGAAGUGGCUUUAACAUUCUGUUUGAAACAUAAAAAUAAGGAUUUAUCUGAGUGCGAUGAACUGGACGGAGUAAAUCAUAGACUAUGCCAUGCAAGGUUGUAUCCUUCUAAUGAUGACGAGCUCAUAAUUAAAAACUUGGUUACAGUUUGUGAAGAUGAUGAGAGUUUUACAGUAGUCACGGGUCUAUCAAUACCUAGUUUGGUUACAGCUUCAAUAAAAACCAUAGAAGCUGACCCAGAUGUACUUCAUAAGAUGAUAAAUGUAGGCCCUCCUUACGUUAUUCCUAGUUUGGAUACAAGAAUGCCUAUCAAGAUAAACUUAGUAGUGGCAGCGACAAAUUGCACAAAAGAUGUAGAUGUUAAAAAGUACCGCGGAGAAGUGUGUCUUGUAGAUCGUGUUUUAACUUCUCAUACAUGCAAUUCUUAUAUUUAUAUGACACCCCAUAGUAAUAUUAUCAGAAAGAUCGAUGUAGAGUGCUAUAAACCAGAAUUAGUCCGGGCAAAAAGAUGGAUCAAUAUGGAAAGUGGGAAGUCGACUGCGGAUGAAAAAGAAAUUCGAAAAUUAGCAGAACUUGCGCUACUACAGCUGGAAAUGGAGUCACUACAUCGGUACAAACAAAAAAUUCUUGAAAUUAACAAUUAUUCUGUGAAGGUAAGAUCAGGCAAAGAAACUGAUAUUGAUUUCGAAGUUGCCUACACGAGUUGUAUAAAAUACGAGUGGGUGGAAGACUUGUCGACUUGCGAAUUAUUGGAUCAUCUACCUAGGAGGCUGUGCAACGCUAAAAUUGUUGAAACGCUUUGGAACAAUAAUGGACGAAAGAUCGAAGUCAGUUGUAGAGAUGACGAGACGCCGUUGGAAGCUCAUGUGGAUUUCCUUAAUGCGCAGACUGCGACUUUGAUAUCCGAAGAGGCGAUGAGGCACAUCGAGGCUAAAUAUCCUCACCCUCGUAAACAGAAAGUGGUGAGAAUUUUCUCUUUGGAAAAGCAAGCGGUCGCCGGUAUGCAUUAUAGGAUGAAAAUGGAGGUAGGACUUACAAACUGCACCGCAUUGAGUAACGAACACAACUGCAUGGUGGUAACUGACGGCAACUUAAACAAGUUUUGUAGAGUGAACGUGUGGGUUCGUUCGUGGUUACGAAACGCUGCGGUGUACCGGGUGUCUUGCGAUUACCAGAACGAUAUGUACACGUCUAUGUACCAGGAUGUACAAGCACAGCACUUGUUCUUCGAGUUCUUGCAGACAUACAAGCCGGUUUACUUGAAUGACGAGAGUGAGAUGGAGAAGAGGUUUAAAAUUUUCAGAGAAAACGUGAAGAAGAUUCACGAGUUUAAUGUUCGGGAGCUCGGGACCGCAACCUAUGGUGUGACUAGAUUUACUGACUUGACUUAUGAAGAGUUCGCCAGUAAGUACCUGGGCUUGAAGACCGUUUUGAGAAACGAGAAUAACAUUCCGAUGAGUAAAGCGAAAAUACCUGAGAUGAAGACAGUCCCUGCAUCAUAUGAUUGGAGAGACCAUGGCGCUGUGACUGAGGUGAAGGACCAGGGGUCUUGUGGCAGCUGCUGGGCGUUUAGCGUUACAGGCAACAUCGAAGGCCAAUGGAAACUCCGCAGCGGGCAACUGGUCUCUCUGUCUGAGCAGGAGUUGGUGGACUGCGACAAGCUGGACGACGGUUGCAAUGGCGGCCUGCCUGACAACGCUUAUAGAGCUAUAGAGCAGCUUGGAGGGUUAGAACUCGAACGCGACUAUCCAUACGAAGGGCAAGAUGACAAGUGCUCGUUCAACAAGACGAUGGCCAAGGUUCAGAUUUCUGGCGCCGUCAACAUCACUACCAACGAGACGGAUAUGGCCAAAUGGUUGGUCAAGAACGGGCCUAUUUCUAUUGGUAUAAACGCGAACGCCAUGCAAUUCUACAUGGGGGGCGUGUCGCACCCCUGGAAACUGCUGUGCGACCCCAAGAACCUGGACCACGGAGUGCUUAUAGUUGGAUAUGGGGUCAAAGACUACCCGCUUUUCAACAAGCACCUCCCGUACUGGAUAAUAAAGAACUCGUGGGGCAAGUCGUGGGGCGAGCAGGGAUACUACCGCGUGUACCGUGGGGACGGAACCUGCGGAGUGAACCAGAUGGCCAGCAGCGCGCUCAUUUAGCAAAGAAAUGAAAUAUGAUUUUAAUUUUUUCUACCCUUAUAGAGAGACGGACGAAUGGAAAAUGUCCAUUUAUUUCUUAUAAGCCUUAAUCAGAAAAAAAGUUUUUCAUUCCGAAAUGUUCAUUUAGGAGUUUGGCUUCCAGAUAAUGUGUGCUUCCGCGGCACUGUUAUAGAGAUAUUCUGAUUUAUAUGCGUCGCCUCAACAUUAGAUGGUGUGUUAAAACUAGUUGUGUAAAGUUUUAUAUACAGUGGCGCGCCCAUUUAGCAACCGUAGUGUAUUAUGUUCAGAACUACAUGCUAAUUGUAGCCAUAGUUUCACAAAAUACAGAAAGGGAUUUUUCUUUCUCCUCUGUCUCAAAAACGGAGGAAUGUCUAAUUACUCUCAUUUGAAACAGAAAUUACCAGAAAUAUCGAGAUAAUUUUAUUUCUAGAAUUUGUUUAGAAGUUUGUCCUCCAUAUUUUGUGUACUGCCGCAGCACUUUGUUA